AGUCUUGUGAGAGAAAAGAAAUCAUCCCUUUCUCUGGGGUCACUCAUCAGCAUCAAGGACAACCUCGCACCAGGAAGCAUCAGUCCUGGCAGUGACAGCUGCAGCAGCUCAAGUCAUCACAUGAAUCCUAUCCUGAAGACUCCCCAAGAGAGAGUACCUGGACAAAGCAGUUCCUUAGAGAAGAUUUCUGGUGAUGGGGAACCCAAGCCGACUGUGACUGUUGGCCGAAGUGCCACUGUGGCUGGUGACAUGAAGGGUGCUGAGAGCUGGGUAUCAGGUGAAGGGGGAAGAAGCCAACGCAAAAGAAUUGCCCCCAAGAAGCCACCUAGGUCACGUGCCAUGUCAGUGGAUAACCUUCUGAACGCAGAAACCGAGAAGCAGCGGAGCCUGUGUGACACUACACCCAGAAAGCGACGAUUGGUGAUGCGAACACCUUCCCGUCUAUACCACAUCACUGACCAGCAGUCACAGGGGUCAGGGAGCUGGGAAGUGCCCAAAACACCCCACAUCAUUGGCCCAGAAUUUGUAGUGCGUAGUAAAGAUCCCCCAAGAAUAACCAGCUUGCUACAUGAUACACAGGCGUGUGUAGUAAAGAGAGUGACAGUGGUGCUAGUAGCAGGAAACAAGAUAGAAGUGGUUUGUGACCCUGCCUCUACUCGUGUUAGUCACAUCUUUCAGGCCGUGCAAAGGACAGAAACUCUGCAUUUAGCUGAACACCUCGGGCUAGCUGUGCUUGGCAGUGGAGAGUUUCAUUUUGUUGCACCGCAGACCAAGUUACACAAGGUAGCACCACCAGGUUGGAAGGAACGCCAUCCUACAAAAGAUGGUCUCAUGCAAGAUAAUUUCACACUUCACCUGAGAUUCAUGUGGUAUUCAAGAUUUGACAAUGUUGAGUUGAUGGAGAACACCAGCCGCCACCUCUUGUACCUGCAGCUGCGCCAUGACCUGUUGGAGGGUCGACAGCUGUUGCUAUCUGACACUCUUCUGCAGCUGGCUGCCCUUGCUCUGCAGGCUGAGUUUGGCGACAGGAAGUACCAGACUGUGAGCUACUUCCUGCCAGAACACUACGUCCCGGAAUCACUGUUACGUGGUGGACAGGUAGCUGAAGUAGUGGAGGAGCUGCAGCAAAGACACUCUGCACUUAAUGGACUCCCUUACACCAUUGCACAGUGUCGCUUCAUUUCCACUCUGCAGGCUACACUCUACUAUGGCACCCACUUCUACCAUGUGACUCAAGACAAAGGUCGACAGCAGUGCUGGCUGGGGGUUGGAGGAAGAGGGUUGUUGUUGAUUCCAGUUGGUCAUUUUGGCCCUGAGUCACUGGCCAGGGCAGUCCUACACCCCUGGGACAUCAUUAAACGACUUUCCUAUGCCACUCACAGGCUUAACAUUGUCCUCAGGGGCUCCAGACCUAGGAAGAUUAAAUUUAAUCUACAAGAAAACAGAAGCCGCCACGUGUUCUACCUUGCCACUGUGCACCAGAAUCUUUACCAGGCUCUUAGUUCCUCUGUGGCAACCCAGCAACACGACUGCCAUACAGGGGCACCCAGCAACCCCUCAUCUACUGCCACAACUGCCAGGACCAGCCUCUCUUCCACAGACACUCUUGAGGAUUUGGUGGACUCUGGACCUUGCUUGGAAGUCAGUGGAGCCGCUGAAAAUGCAUCUGUCGCUCAGAAUGUGUGUUUGUCCCCAACAGGAGAGAGAGGAGUAACUUACCCCGUGUGGCCCAUGGGGUCUUCUUCAGAGCAAAAAAGGUCUUCUGAGAGUCUUUCACGUGAAAAUUUCCUGUCAGAUAUCCUGUGGUGUCCAGGAGGAGAUGAAGCAGAUGAGGUUUUCGCAGUUGAAAAUUUUGAGAAUGACCAACAUCAGAAGCUAAGAAGAGUAGCAGCUGCGAUAGGGACAACAAGUAUAACCGAAACUGAAGCAAAUAAAGUCAAAGAAAAGACAAAAUCUGAUGACAAAAAAACAGGAGUGGAGGCAGAAGGAGCAAGAAAAAUAUCCCCACCCCGGGUGUUCCAUCAGCGGUCAAAGAGCAAUGUGGAAGAUGGCAGUCACUGGCUGGCCCAUAAUAACACAUCUGGUAGCGGCGUUAGGCCAGAGCUGACUCGAGAAUUCGGCAGUGAUGAGUCACUCCUCGCAUCCCCCACAAAGGGCAGCAGUGGAGUGAGGAUGGGGACACGGGUGUCUGCGGCGGCCCUACAGAAGCGGCGACAGCACCAACACCUCCUGUCCCACCACCUUCCCAGCCUACAGGAACUGAACACCACACCCACAGCAGUGGUUGUAGAACCAUCCUUGAGAAGCAUAGUGGUGGAGGAAAGCGUGGACGAAUCCCUUGUGGAGAGGUUCUUGUUGUGCCCCUCGUCCUGGUCGCCAUGUGGAGCCGCAUGCAUGGAGCGUCGUCUGGCCUCGGUCACCCUGCACAAGAAGGAUGGAUCCCUUGGGGUGAUGAUCGCUGAAGGCACCGAUCACGGCCUGUAUAUUCAAGCAGUGUCCCCCGGCGGCCCGGCACAUCAGCAGGGCUCCUUAAAGCCAGGUGACAGGGUUGUUGGCAUUAACGGGCGCAGCGUAGAGAACUUGCCCUACAGCGUUGCAGUUGACCUCCUCCGCCAGAUUCCUGAGAAGGUUACCCUCCUUGUUUCACAACCUGUCAUCUCAGCUGCCACUGAUUCUACCACUGCAACCCCUUCGUCCACGCCUCAGCCUCAUCCAUCGUCUCACUCAAUAGAGUCUGAAGUGACAACAGUGAACUUAGAAACUAGCUCCUCUCAAUCCCAAUCUACUCCAAUAACAUAUCAAGCAACCAGACAAACCAUAAGUCCACAGCUUGAUCCAACAAUUUCAAAAUUUGACCUUUCACGGACAGACCCUGUUUCAGUAUUAAAUUUGACCUCAUGCCAGGAGUCAACCACACGAAGUAACUUUUUUUCACAAGUGGAUUCUGCCCUUGGGACGUACACUGCGUCACAGACAGACUUAUCUUCAAGAGCCGGCCUGACGCGGUCUGACUCUACAUACAGAGCUGAGGUGUUGCUAACGGACUCUACUCCUGUCAGUGACUCCACUCCUACAGAGUCUACCACUCCCAGGGCAGGUUCUCCGAGAGAUUCAAAAGACAGCCCUCCCAUCAUCAAGUCUUCCAAAGGCCAGCAAGCACAAGUUAGGGCAAUAGGUGGUGUGACUUUUACACAAGAGGUCACGUCUGGGCCCAUUACUGUCAUCACCCUCAACACCACCUCUAAUACCGCACACCCUUCUGAUACACUUUCUUCUACUGCUUCCCUUGCCACCACAGCCCCUAUCCUCGACCACAGCCUUACACCAGCCCCCUCCUCAGCUCCUACUUCCCCUCCCUGUUGCAUCUCAGCUGGGUCUCCCUCCACUUCAAGAACCUUGGGCCUCAUGACUGAAACAGCUUCACACCUAAGUUUAGACAACGUGACUUCUCCAUCGCCACCACUAAAGCACGUAUCCACUACCCCAACCACCACCACUAGUCUUCAAAUGACAGAAGCAUCAGUUUCCACUGUUAUGUCUUCUACUCAGCCACUAGAGCACUAGGAAAGAGCGAAGCAACUCCUCAGCCUGCCCCUCGCCACAGCCUGGUGUGGAGCAGAUCUUUGCCUGAGGACACUUCCCCUACUGCUGUGCCUGGCCGGAUUUGCUCCACACACCCAGUCCACAGCAUUAAUAACAACACCUGUUCUUCAGGGGACUCCCUCAGUUCUUAUCAUACCUGUGCCUCACUCCACCGCCCCACACGCCCCACCAUCCAGGACUGUGUUGCUGCCCCUCGGUGGUCCAGGGCACUAGGAGGCCCUGUCUCCUCUUCCAUGGAAACUGGUGACCACGCCUCCUGGUCAUCCUGUACUUCAUCACUGGCACCAUGUCAUGGGUCUGUUGAGAGUCUACCAAGCCGCAAUUCCAUGGUUGGCACUCCUCAACCACCUCGACUACCCAAGGACACCAUGCUGGACCGUGUACUGAGAUGCCUUGGUGCAGGCCAAGUAGCAUGGACAAGUGAUCAUCUUCCUCAGAAAACACUGCAGAACCUGGAAGGGCACUGCUUAGAGAUGCAGCUUAGCACUGAUGCUUUGCAGCCAGAUCUUUUCCAAAGGAGCUUUUCCCUUGAAGAAGAGACUUUCCCAGUGGAUAAAUCAGGAGCUGUUUCCUCGGCUUCUGUCAUCACCCCCACCUCCCCUCCUACCCUUCUCCCAACCUCUCCUACUGCUCUGUCCCCUAAUCAUCUUUCCAAUAUACUUUCAUCUUCUCUUCCUGCCCCUUCCUCAGUUUUGCCUUCUGCCCCACCUUGUACUCUUUCCUCUGAUCAACUCACAACCCUCUCCUCUUCCUCACCUUCAGUUCUUCCUUCCAACUCAACCCCAACACCUUUCCAUGUCUCAUUUUCCACUCCCAGCUGUAAGCCCCAAGGCACAGAUCAGGUGAAACAGGAAAACCCCACUGAGAUGAUAAUCACUCCUCCAAAAGAGUUCCAAGAGGAGGGCAAGUCUUCAGGUACAUCAAGCCCCCCAGACACCUUAAUUCCAGGUUCUUUCCGUCUCAUUACAGAGCAGGAGUACCACCGGAACAUAAGGGGCAGCAAGAGCUUAGCACAGGAGGUCAAAAGUGGUGGCAGUGGCAAUAUCAUCCCUGAGUGUUCUCUCACUAACUUGGAGCACCCUGCCCGUUCUGCCUACCUAAGGUUGCUGCUUUCUCAGCCACCUCCUGAGCCACCACCACCGGUGCCUGUAUCUGUAAAAAAGUCAGUCAUCUCAGGCACAGAGGAAGCAGUCACACGAAGUAACACCCCAACCAGCCAUUACUAUCACAACCCAGUAUCACUUGAACAGCACUCUAGUGGACAGCCAGUGGUCAGCAGUACUGCUGGCCAUAUCGUUUUCUCCACAACAAUGUCCACAGUCCCUUCAGUCACCACCACCACCACCACCACCACCAGAGAGUCUGUCAGAAGUUCCACAUUAAAUAAAGAGGACACCAAAUCCAGCAGUGGUGAAGCCCAUGAAAAAGAGACACCUGGCAGUCUGCUUUCUCGCCGGCGACACACAGGCGGGGGCUGUCUUACCUCAUUGCAUCUCAACACUUUAUGCAGUGAAGGGACACACAGAGAGGUCAGCAUAGAGGUACUCGGUGAAGAUGUGGGCAGUGAGGAUGUAGUCAGUGGGGAUGUGAGCAGCAACAGUGCCAGCUCUUCACCACCCCCUGUAAAUUUCACCACACAUCCCCUUACUCCUGAUCUACAAUUCUCAGACUCUUUCACCUCAGGUCCUCUCUCCUCAUACCCCAUGGCUCCAGACCCCAUUAUUACAGCCACUUUUGCCUCCGACACUCUCCUUUCUGAUUCUCAAGCUGUGGAUCCCAUGCCCCAGGAUUCCCAUAUAACCACAGGAGAUUCUCACAUUCUGAGCUCCACUCAUGAGGAUCUUGUUCCUUCUCUGGCCCCAUUUGCCAACACAAGGACUGCAAGGCCCCACACUCCAGACUCAGGAAGUCCUAAGAGGUUGAGCUUCGUAAGCAGCAUCACAGAGUUUGAUAAAACAACGAGGAUGAAAAAACAUUCUGAGACCCAGUUAAGCACUAUUGUCCCAUGGUAUGAUGAUCCCCGAAUUCUUUCAAAACGGAGUGAUGCCCGUCCUCCAUUGCAUAAAAUGUACCCAGACUCUGACAGUGAUGACUCCUCCAAUAGCAGCAACAGUAGCUCACCUAGAGAAAAGAACAGAGUUUCUUUGAGUUCUGGGAAAAGUGAAGAGUCACUAGACCUAUUCAUCAACAACCCAGAACCUCUUGUGUUGCAUCGUGUGAACUUAGGAAGGGAUGGGAGUGUAAACCCAGAUGGUGAUAAAGACAGCUUGAUAUCCUGCCAAGCAGAUGUUGGGGAUGGUUGGGGUGUGGAUGCUGGGCCAACUAUCCCACAGAGUUUGCUGAAUAUUGGUGAUGAGGAAUUUGAACAACUGGUGGGAAAGAUAGUAACAGAGCAACCAACUUCAGGAAGUAACUUGUUUUCAUCAGUGUCACAUGGUGUUGAUGCUGAUGACAUGGUAAAGGUCACAAGAAGUACAUCCCCUACCAGAAAGGCAUCAUUCACUUCAAAGGGAAGCUCUGGUACCAACAAAAUUUUGCCAUCAGCCAUCAAGACUCACUCAGUGACCACCACCAUUAUCAAUAAGAAUAAUACCAUGAGUUCACAUAAAGAACACUUUAUUACUGAAUCUACAACAAAGUCACCAUCUCCUCCAGGGCUGUCCACCACCACCAUCUCAAUCAUUACAACCACUACUUCAGAUACAAAACACUCUGUUAGUGCUCCCAAAUAUACCCCUAUUUCUAAAGAUACCUCCUCUGCUUUCACAAAGAACACCUUUAUAAGAUCAUUCUCAGGAAGCAGCAUGGAAGACCCUGGAACUUCUGAGGUUCAUCGUCACCCAAACAAUUUCAAUGAGGCCCCAGCCCCCAGUGGGAAAGUUCCCACUGGUACCACAUCUGCAUUAUUCCAGCCCACGACCAGGAUUGUCUCCAUUGUCAGCAAGUCUUCAUCUGAUUUGAGUACAGAUUCUCCCACCACCCUAGAACAGGCCCAUGCUGGCAUUGUGGCUUACCCUCAAAGCAGUUCUUACUCAUCAGAAGAAAACCCUGCUAUCCCAAAAUGGUCUCCUAUUUUACCUGAAAAGAACCCGCUCUACAUAGGAAAUGUGUCUGGCAGCCGUAGAUGGUCUCCUGUGUCCCCCCCAAAGAGUAAGAGUCAAUCUUCCCCAGAAAAAUCUCUUGUUAAUCCUAUAUGGUCCCCUAUUCAUCUGCCAAAGACUUGUUUUUCACCAGAAAAAACUGUUGACAACCCCAAAUGUGCUUUCAGUUCCACAGAGAAAGCUUCAAAUGCCAACAGCUUGGGUCCAAAUUCCCCAGAGAAGCCUAGUACCAUUGAAGAUUGCCCAGUUUUGAAAAAUUUUGAUUACUAUAACAAUGGCCAAACUUUCAACAAACAGGCUUCUGCAUCUCCAGUAAAAGACCCAGCUACUUCAGAAAUCCCAUCUGUGGCUACAGGUUCUACUGUGUCCUCAGAAAAAGUUCCCAUAGCCCCUAGAGGGUAUCAGAUUUUACCAGAAAAUACAUCUAGAAUCCCGCCAUGGGUCCCUGUUUCCCCCAAAAAAGUUUCAUAUGACACUCAGAGUGGUUCCCCAGCUAAGAUUAGCACUAGUGGUGCCAGAGGUUACAGAAGUGCUGCCCUCAAGGAGUCCUCUAUCAGCAAUGUAAUUCAUCCUGACAUAGCCAAGCACAUGCCUAUCAUAACAAAGGUCUUUCCACCUAUCACCACCAUUGCCAGGAACUACACCAGCACCCCAGUGACCACCACUACCACCACCAUCACUUUUCCCACAACCAGUACCAAGAAAUGUACCAGUACUCCAAUCAUCACCGCCACCAUAGCCAAAACUAUCACUUCUGAUAAAAUGUUCAGUGACUCUGCCAAAAUAAUUCCAGCCACCCCAAAGUUCUAUACUGCCACAACAGCAUAUAUCCCUGCUGUAAGCACUUUCUGUGAGGACUCCACAACAGAGGAUGAUGACCAAGCUACUAAUACUACUUCCACAAUCACCACCACUGCUCUUAUUGGUGAAGAAAAAGUUUGCACCACCAGUAAGAAUGAUUUUCCUACCAUUACUGCAAGCACCUUCACUCUUAAGGAUAACCUUGUCACCACCAACACUACUAACACUGCCCCCAAUGCAGAUGCCACUGUAAAAGAUUUCCUUCCCAGAAAUGUGUCUAAGUAUGUACAUGGCAUUACUAGCAUGUCCAUAAACAUCACUCCCUCCAACAAACAUGACACCCCAUCCAUGGUCACCACCACCACCAGCAAGGAUGAUGACCCUGCCACUUCAUUGCACACCACCCCCAGCAGCGCCUUGUAUUGUGCCUCUACCAAGUAUAUUCCUGCUGCGAGAAGUGUUCCUGUUCCUGCCAGGUACACCGUUAGAUCUGCUCUGCACCUUCCCAGGGCCUCCAGCCAGCCAGACUUAAGCACUUCAUCAUCAGAUCAUCAGAGCAAGAUGUGCAGACCCGGCGUCCCGUCCCCCACGUCAGUCUCAUCGGUUAACAUCGUGCCUUGGCGUUCAACAAGUCUAUGUGGUAUCAACAGUAACCCUCUGACGCACCACAAAGAGCAUGGGAAAGGAAGGCUCCAGCUUCGGCACCACAGUGCGAAUGCCGUCCAUCACUUGGGUUUCUACUCGGCUAAAAUCGACUCCCAACCAAAGUAUGAGCAGGACUCUUCCGCCACCAGCAAACGGCCCCAGUGGGCUGCCAUUGGUUCCCAGACUAAGGGAAGCCCCAGGGCAGGGGGAGUUGUCUGUUACCGCAGUACAGUCUCCCUAAACCCACAGACCCAUUCUCCCUCAAACAACAACCUGGCGUCCCAAAUACUGCCAUCAGCUUCCCGCGGCAGUGCAAACCUGAGUCCUGAUGCAGAAGCAGCCCAAUCCCUCCACACCCAGAAAAGACCCCAGCAGUCGCCCACUGUCUGUGCCCAAGGCUCUUUCACCUCAUCCAGCGGUCCAGUACCCUGUCAGUUUCCGCGUGAGCUCAAGACAUUCACCAGUUCCUUAAGCCCUGCCAGCCCAAGUCUAUUCCCUAAAGGCUGUCACCAAGGCACUACUGUUGUUGGAACUUUCAAUUUCCAGGACCGUUCGGAAAUGCCAUCCCUGCUGGCCAGCGGGGAGCCGUUGUCCAGUCUCAGCAAUGGUUCCCAGUCGGGGGAGGAAGAAGGUCCCACUUUGUUAGCAACUUUCAACUUCCUAGGCAGUCCCCACCCUGCCCCACCAAUGGCUUCGCGCAAGGCCCCAGCAGAGGGUCUGUCUUCCCUCACUGACUCGUUCACCAGCCUUGAGGACGGCAAGCACCUGCUGGCUGUGUUUGACUUUACCAAGCCUGGUACUCAGCGGCCGCCUCCGCCCCUAGCCCUGCGGCCGCCCCCGACUAACACUCAGCGGCCAAAAGUGACCACCACUAAGAAGUCGGACCAUCCCCAUGUCCAGGGACGUGCCACAACCGCCUCACAGAAGUCCACCCUCGCAUCUCCUAAUAAGCAUGUCCAAAGUCCCCGUCAAAAGCUUGCCUCCUCUUCUCAACAGAAGUCUUCGUUUGCUCAUCCAAAAAGUCCUACUGCUGCUAAUUCUCAGAAAUUUGCUUCACCCCAUGUCCCAAAGUCUGUUCCUGCUGCUCCUCAAAAAUCUGCUUCUUUUGCUUCUGCAAAACAUGUCCCUGCUGCUCCCCAGAAGUCCAAGUUUGUCUCGGAACAGUCUGGGUGCCCAGCAAAGCAGUCUCUGUCACCUUCUACUUUAGAGAGCCAGCGAGCCCGGUCCUCGGCACAGCGUAAUGGAUCAUUGCCCACCACCCCUUGCCAGUUCCAACCCCCCACCAAGCAGCAGACCUCUACCCCCACUCAGCCAGACAUGUCUCCACUCCAUGCCAACUCAUCAACCAAUCGGGAAUGUGAUGGCCGCAAAGUGGAUAUGGAGGGGAGCAGUGGGACACCCUAUCACAUCAUUGAUCGAGAAACAACCCCAAAUGACAGCGAGAGAAAAGGCCAGGAGUCUUCUCACAAGAAAUUGGCUACAGGAUGUGAUUCAAAAGCAGGUAAUGGAGAAGACUUGACCCGAAUUGAUGAUCACUUCCUCUCUGUUGAACUCCUGUGUAUGGAAGAUCAGAGACAAAGAGAAGAGGAAGUGGAAGAGGAGAGUGACCAUGCUGUCCCACUCGCCUCUGUCUCGAAGCAGUCAUCACUAGACAGCAUCAGUCAAUUUGUGUCACGGCAGUUCGCUGACUGGGAUGCCUGCAGUCCCGCCCUCUCCCUCAUCCAGUCUGGGGAGUUCUGGAGCACUGAUCGCCCCUUCAGCCCUGUCGCCGGCGCUUCCACACAUACCCCUGAAGGCGAGCGAGUGGAGCCAUAUGGGGACGGUGUGGCAUCCCUUCACGCCCACGCCACGCCCGUGGCCGGAAGAGGGCGGGGCGGUCAUUUGAGCAAUGUGGCGGAGGCCCCGCAAUCCAUCGAUCCCGCCCUCUUAACCUCAGUUGACCUGGAGAGCGACCAUCCACACCCUGAAAUGUUGGUUACAAACGCGCAGCAACAUCACUAUUCUCAACGCCAUCACCAUGACCUCAACCACAACGACCACGUGUUCGUGCACAAUUCACCAGAAGGCCGGACGGGGAAUGGAUCUGCAGACAAGUAUAUGGUGCGAAACCACCACCACACGGGGCACGUUAACUAUGCCUUCGACAGUGAAGCAUCGGGUAAAGACUAUUGUUAUGACGCCGGCUACAGCUCGGAGCGCUCACCCGAAGAAGGAGACCAGCAACUGGUGUUUCCUGUGGUAGGUGGAGAGGCCGAGGAAAGAAAGAAAGAGGAUGAGCAGGAACAAAUUAGCACCUGCAAGCUGCAGCUUGGUCGCUGUUACACCAAGGACGACCUCAUGAACAUGUUCCCAUUUAUCAGUGAAGGCACUGUCUUUGAGGUAACAGUAAUCAAGAACCUUCGUGGACUGGGGCUGGCAGUGUGUGGAGGCAUCGAGUGUCAAGAUCCCUAUGCAGGCCUCAUCCGCAUCAAAAAACUAUAUCCCCAGACCCCUGCUUGGCUUUGUGGGCAGCUGGAGGUUGGAGACGUCUUGCUCCAUGCUAACGGAAAUCCACUCACAGGCCUUUCCAGUCAUGAGGCUCUGGAAAUGCUGAGGACAGCAGAGCGUGAGGUAACCCUUGAAAUGUGCAGGCCACCACUAGGAACUCUUGCCAUUGAGGAGGACACAUCAGAUGGAGGUUCAGGAGUUGUCAGUACCAGUCUCACCCUGCCCGGCACAAGUCAUAAUUACCUUUCCCCCUCUCCUUCCUUUUCUUCCUGUGGGGAAUUUGAGGUGACACUGACUAAAGUUGGAGGUUCUCUAGGCUUCACACUGAGGAAACAGGACAACAGUAUCUUGGGCCACACUAUCCGGACUCUCGUAAGGGAGCCAGCACUGUCUGACGGUAGGAUCCGUCCUGGAGACAAGAUCAUCUCAGUCAAUGACACAAAUAUGUGCAACCUGAGCCAUGAGGAGGCCAUUUCUUAUCUUCGCACCUGCCCUGAUACAGUGACUCUAAAGCUGUACAGGGAUGCAAUGCAGACUCCUGUGUCCCCAGCCUCCCCAACAGAGCCUGACAAAGUGCCUAAACCCAAACCUCUAAGAAAAGAAGCAAGAGACAUGUUGACAGAUUUAGCUAUGAGAAAACAGUCCCCCGGCAAUUCCUUACAUAUUGGAGGUACCACUAGUUCUCCAGGAACACCCCGAAGAAGACGUCUGCAAAAGACACCAAGUCCUGACAUCAAAAGUGUGGUUGCAGAUAGAUGGGAUUCUCUAGUCAGAGAAUCUGAUGAAGAUCUGCUUGGUGGCCCCACGCUAGAGAAAAAGUUGUCCCUCAACAGUAUUAGGGAAACGGAACACGAGGGAUCUCCAUUUGGUGAUAGUCAGACAGAUGAUUCUGCUUCCACUACAGUCCGCUCCAGACACUCUUCAGCUGCCUCCUCCUCCUGCUCUUUCACACCAUCCACAUCUGAGUCUCGUCCUAAGAGGCCAAGUUUUCUUGACCUGAACACAGGGCGCAGCUGUCCACGCAAGACCCAAUUCACUCCUCCCCAUGAAAUAGACCAAUACUUCCCUUCCCCUAAUGGCACCCACUACACCAAUGAAGACUCUCAGGACUCUGCUCCACAACUGACCUCAACACACAGUGACACUCCUGCUUUCUCCCAUUUGCACCAAGCAUACCAUAGUGUGAAUUUGGGAGCACCACACCCUCAUGAAGAUUUGACAGUGGCCAGUGCUGCCUCCCACCAAAACCUUAGUGGUCUAGAUGGUGAUGGGCCUGCAAACCAAAGUUUGCUCAAAUGGAAAGGUAUUGUGUUCACCCCAGAGUCAGAAGAUGAUGAUUCCUCCUCUCACUACAGUCCUACUGGCUCAUCCUUGUCACAAAAACCUGAGCUGGUGACCUUAGAACUUAAUCGGGGAUGGAACAGUCGUCUGGGAUUCUCUCUCCAGCAGCAAGGCAACCAAACAAUCAUCACUGCCAUUUAUGCUGAUAGUGUUGCUGCCAGAGAUGGCCGCCUCAAAGUUGGAGAUGUAAUAGUGGAAGUGAACAAUACAAGUGUGGUUGGUUGGGACUCUGAGAGUGUAAUAGACUUGCUGAGGAAAACUCGUGGAAGGAUUUUCUUCAAAGUCCAGCAACAACCUUGUUGAUUCUUGUCAAGAUUUGUGUCCACUCAUGGCAGCAGGAUACUGAUGGAACUCAGCAUAUUGAGAGCCGAUCAACAGCUGACUCAGGAUUCACUGUUUGCUUGGCAGUUAUUCAACAGCCUCUUGCAGGAUAUACUCAACAGGUAUAAAAUUAAAGGCAGCUCAGCAGGGGAGCAUGAAAUGCACAUGAUUGUAGCUUGACAGAGCUGUUCAUCUUAAUGUCUCCAAAUAAUUCACUGGUCAGAACAGGGCAAUCCUGAAGGCCCUUUCCCUUGGAGUCAUGAUGGAGACCUCACUGAUACAUCACAAAUAUAUAAUGUACAAAUAUCCAUGAUGCGCUCUUCCUAUUUUUAGCUGUAUUCAAGUAAUAGAGCAAGGCUCAUCAUGUAUGCUGUCUGUUAGUUUCUACUGCUGCACUUACCGUAGUGUACUGUUUGCAACUCACGAAUAUAGCCUUAAAAGUCAAAUCCUUUACAGGUGCAUUGUUCUUGUUCUAACACUGUUGUUAAUGUAUAGUAAUUUCCAAAUGUUACAUACAGGGUGUUAUUUCAUCAUGAUGCGAUGAAAAUGUGGGUUGCUGUGCACUUGACCAGUCUGUGCAAUAGACCAGCUAGGUGCCAAAGAUUCUGAUGGUGGUAUGGAGAAAUAUCAAAUGAAUUUGUUAUACCUCUUGUAAUAAUAUAUAUGUGCCAUUAUCUGCAGUAAUAUGCCCUAAAAAUAUAAACAUUCCAAAUGAAUUGAAAUUGUGUGGAUUGAUGAGUGGGUCUCUUCCUAGAGGCUGUGGAGUCUUUCACAAUGUAACCCUACUGUAAUUAAAUGAAGAAUUAUUAAAGAGGUACUGAUAAUAUACCUAAACCAGAGAAGUGCCCAACCUUUUGUGUGAUGUGAAUUACUGUUUCCAGUUACUCUGAUGUUACCUACUCAUAACACCUCCCUCCCACUGCUAUGGAGAGAGAGAGGGAGAGAAUUAUUAUUAUAGACAAGGCAGGAAGAAAGGGAGAAGUGCAGACACUGUAAGCUGACUGUUCAGCGACCUCUAAACACCUAAGACACUGAGAAAGAAAACAAAAGUUAAAGCGAUAAGAGAGAAGGAGAAAGAGGAUGAGAGAAUAUUGAAUAUUAAAGAAUUGGAGGGACAGAGGGUAGGGUAAUAAGUUUCAAAAUACUCGACAAAAAAAAAAAAAAAAAAAAAAAAAAAAAAAAAAAAACCAAACAA